AUGGCGGUGGAAGAUGUUGACAGUUUUGGACUUGGGGCUAUCAGAACUUGGGGCUAUCAGAACUUGGGGCUAUCAGGACUUGGGGCUAUCAAGGGACUUGGGGCUAUCAGGACUUGGGGCUAUCGGGACUUGGGGCUAUCAGAACUUGGGGCCUAUCAGGACUUGGGGCUAUCAGAACUUGCAGGGCUAUCGGACUUGGGGCUAUCGGGACUUGGGGCUAUCGGACUUGGGGCUAUCAGGACAGGGCUAUCAGGACUUGGGGCUAUCAGAACUUGGGGAGCUAUCGGGACUUGGGGCUAUAUCAGAACUUGGGGCUAUCAGAACUUGGGGCUAUCAGAACUUGGGGCUAUCAGGACUUGGGGCUAUCAGGACUUGGGGCUAUCAGGACUUGGGGCUAUCAGAACUUGGGGAGCUAUAAGAACUUGGGGACUUGGGGCCUAUCCAGAACUUGGGGCUAUCCCAGGACUUGGGGCUAUCCCAGAACUUGAAUUAUCAGAACUUGAAGGGCUACCAUCAGGACUGGGGCUAUCAGGACUUGGGGCUAUCAGGACUUGGGCUAUCAGAACUUGGGGCUAUCAGGUCUUGGGGAGCCUAUCAGAACUUGAGACUAUCAGAACUUGGGGAGCUAUCAGGACUUGGGGCUAUCAGAACUUGGGGCUAUCAGGACUUGGAGCUAUCAGGACUUGGGGCUAUAAGAACUUGAGCUAUCAGGACUGGGGCUAUCAGGACUUGAGGAGCUAUCAGAACUUGGAGCUAUCAGGACUUGGGGCCUAUCAGGACUCUGAGGAAGCUAUAUCAGAACUAGGGGCCUAUCGGGACAUGGGGCUUAUCAGGGACUUGGGGAAUUUCUCAGAACUUGGGGCUAUCAGGACUUGGGGCCUAUCAGGACUCUGGGGCCUAUCAGAACUAGGGGCCUAUCAGGACAUGGGGCCUAUAUCGGGACUUGGGGCCUAUCGGGACUUAGGGCCUAUCAGGACUUAG